UCUUUUUGGGCCCUCUUCAUUAACAUUAAGAUAUUUCUUUUGAAAAUACAACUUUAUUGAAGGACAAUAAACUAAAGGUAUAUAGUUAUCUCUUACUUCCUCUUUUAUGUGGGUGGAUGCCAAUUCCAAAGAAGAAAAUAAAGCACCCACCAACUAUGUCUUUUGCUUUAUCAAGUCCUUAAGCUUUUAUGAAUCUAAUUCUUCAUGGACCAUGGUACUCUACAAGCCAAGAACAAGGAAUCAAAAGGAACAAUAAAUAGACAGUCAUCUCCAUGAAGUUUUGAUCUGUCUAGGUUUUACUAUAAUUGAUUAUUAUUGAAAACUAGCUUGUGCCCAAUAUGUGGAUUGCCCUAGCACUUCUGGUUAUUCUCUUCCUAUUGAGUUUAAUCUACACACUUUCAAAGCAUCAAUUCCCACUUAACUUCCUCCGAAACCUAGCUCAAUAUGACUCCACAAGAACAGAUGAUGAUCAUAAGAAGACAAACAGGCCUGAGCUAGCAGCUGUUUUCGCUACAUUUGACAGAAACAAAGACGGGUUGAUAACAAAACAAGAACUUGCUGAGUCACUACGAGGGAGCGGAAUGGAAAUGAGCGACGAAGAUAUUUCAGAUGAAUUCAAGAAGGUGGACUCCAAUGGAGAUGGGCUGAUUGAUCUUGAAGAGUUCUGUGGGAUUUUUGAGUCUAAAGAGAUCAAUAAAGGUGAGGGAGAGAAAGGAGAUGAAGAAUUGAGAGGAGCUUUUGAUGUGUUUGAUGGAAAUGGAGAUGGAUUGAUAACAGUGGAGGAACUGGGAUUAAUGAUGUCUUCAUUAGGGUUCAUCAAGGAAGGGAAUAGUUUGAAUAAAUGCAGAGAGAUGAUCAAAAGUGUGGAUAAAGAUGGAGAUGGUAUGGUUAACUUUGAAGAGUUCAAGAAGAUGAUGAUGAUUUCCAAAUCUAGGACAGGAAUUGUUUCACCUUCUUAAUUAUAUAUCUGUCCAUUUCUAUGGGUUAUAUCAGAAUUCACUGUUCUUGCACUCAUUUAUUGUAAUCU